GUUCGAAAGGCGUCAGCUGUUACAAAAAUAGUUUCAGCUAUUUCAGACUCGCAUUCUGAAAAUGUCUGUCGCACUCAAAAACGACUAUCGCGAAAAUAUCUACGAAUCUUAAUCUGAACACGAAAAAAAAAAAAACUCGAGGUUUUUCGAUAUAAGUGGAUAGAAAAUUUUGUAAAAGUUUCGGAAGUGUGUAGAUUUGUGAUUUUUAUUGAAUUAAUUUGUGAUUUUGUGAUAUUGAAAAAAGACUUUUGGAUUUUACGAUUUUGAAGGAAUUUCUAAUCGACAAUGCCAGCAGGUAAAGAAAGCGAAGGUGGCGGAGGUAACGGUGAUGGAACGGUAAAAAGAACUACAUUCAGACCACCAUGGGUUAAAGAAGGCCCAACUCCUCUACCUGUACAAACUGCACCGUGGGCUCUAAAAACUACCCCCAGAAGAGACAGUAAUACUAAUUCAGAUUCAAUUGAAAAGGAAACUUACAAUCCAUUAGCCGAAGUACAGUUGAAACCAACCAAAGUUAAUAAAAAACCAGCACCUGAGGAAAAUGGAGAAGGCGGUAGAAAAAAUAAAAUUCUAGGCGGUGUGCAAUUAAGAAAAAUCAAAAAGGCAGAGCCGAAAGAGCCUCAAGAAAAUGGAGCUAAAGAGAGUUUUUUCCAAAAGCCAGCUCUUAAGCCAGUUCCACAAAGGGAAAAAUCACCUCCUAAGAAGGAUUAUAAGCUCAAGAAUCUUCCUACUUUGCAAAAAGCGUCGGAGAGAGUUUUGAAGAGUCCUCCAAAAAAAUCAAAUAGUAAAAGCGAGAGUUAUUCUUCUUCAGAGGAGGAAGAAGAAGAAGAAUCUGAAGAUUCUGAUGAUGUGGAAUUAGAUAAGGAAGUACCCAAAAAACGGAAUGCCCUGGUAAGAGAGGCUUCUAUGCGAAAAUUGUCGCUCUCUAAGAUACCACCACCACCUCCUCCUCAACCAGGUAUGCCGCCUCCUCCGCCAAUGAUGCCAGGCGCGAUGCCAAAGAAAUCUCUGAAUGACAAACAGAAAUCAAGGUUACACAAACUAAGGGCGAGACCUAAGAACAGGCCAGAUUGGGGCAAUUUGCUACAAGAAAUCGAAGCUAAGAAAACUUUAAAACAUGUCGUAUGCAACGACAGGUCUACUCCAUUAUUACCAGAGGCUAAGGCAGACGAGCAUUUAAUUUACAAGAGCGAAGAAGCAAAUGUGCACAAUGAACUUCUGAAGCAGAUUGAAUCGGGAAUUCGUUUAAAAAAAGUAACAACUAAUGAUAGGAGUAGACCUGUCCUGGACGGAUUAAGAAAAUUCAGGAGGCAAAUGACAAUAGAAGAACAAAUUCAGAAAUCUAUAUCCAUGGCUAGCAUGCCACCAGAAGAAAUCACAACAGAUGAAAUCGAUGAAAUGGAUGACAUUGAUAAAGUACGCGAUGAUCUACAAAGUACGAAACAAAUGUUGGCUCUCGAGCUAAGGAAUAAAGAGGCACAAGAAAGAGAAAAUAAGAGGCUAAUGUCUAGGAUUCAGAAUCUCGAAGCGGAAUUGGAAAAAGAGAAAAGUAGAAGUAAAGACGGAGGUACAACUGUUUCUAAUAAUUCUGCCGAUGAAAAGGUGAUUAAAGGACUUAAAAAAGAAGCAGAAGAAGCUAGAAAGACAUCUCAGGAUUUAGAAAAGAAAUAUAAUAAGGCGGCUGAAGAAUUGGACUCUACGAAAUCUAAGAUGGACGAUCUUAAACGACAAAAUCAAAUGCUAGAAAAGAGACUACAAGAAGCCAUGGCAGGAAAUAAGACUUCUCCUCCAACGUCGUUCUGGUUUGACGAUUUCGAAAAUGAAGAGACCACAGGAAAAAGAUUUUCAAUAUCGGACCGCAAACACAGUGGUGCAGGUAACGGUAGUGACGAUGAAGUUGAAGACGAAGAGCCAGAAGAGGAAAGCGAUGGUGAGGACACCGAAGAAAAGAGAGAAAAGCGGCUAGUGAAAGAAGUAAAGCAAUUGACAAAGAAAUUGCAGAGUCUGAAGACUAAAGAAGAUAACGCUAAGAAAGAGAGAGUGGCACUGAGAGAUAUAAUAAAGAAACACAAUACUGAAAUGAAGGAAGAGAAGAAGAAAUACAAGCAACUAAAGAAAGAAGUUGACAAGAUGGCCAAUCUAAUGAAAGAUCCUGACGAAGAAGAAGAGGAUGAAGAAGUAUUGAAGGAAGAAGACGAGGAAGAAUCCGAGGAAGAAGAAGAAAGCAGCGAAGAAGAGGAAUCCGAAAGUGAAAAUGAUACUGAUUCAGAAAAAUCACAAAGCGAAGAUGAAGAAGCUCCUAAUGAUAAGAAGAAAACGAAUUUGACAGCCAGAACAAAGAGGCACGAAAAUAGAUUAAAUGCAUUAAAGAAGGGUAACUUCCUGUUAAAAACUAACGCAGAAAGAAUGCAAGAUGAUUUAAAUAAACAAAAAGAAAUGACAGCUAGUUUGCAGGAAGAUCUGGAUUCCGUUUUAUCCGAAUUAGGUUAAUAUUUUGGGGUUUUUAUUUAUAAAUUUUGUAUAUUAUUAAAACUGUAUAAUCUGUAUAUACUACUCGCUAGGUUUGAUACUAAGUAUUGUGCUCAAAAGCUAAAUUUCAGGUAUAAAUACAGAAUACUUCGCAAAAUAGUACCUACCUAAUAAAAAAAUAAGUGAUACUAACGAAGAACAUACUUGACUAGGUUUUAAUACAAAGAUAUAAUGUGCUUUUAAAAUGUUUUUAAAUAUAUUUCUUUAUUAAAAUUAUCAUAUGGUGCAAGUGAAACUUAAAUUGCUAUAGACACUAAACGAAUGACGCAAUUAAUGAUAAUUUAAGUUGGGUACUAUAAAUAAUUUUAAGAAGCCUUUUUAUAUUAUACGAGAUUAGGUAAUGUCGAGACUUCUGUAUUUAUACUCGAAUUAGAUAUUAUUUUAUAUAAUGACGCAAAAUUGCAGUGGUGCUAAAUGUUACUAAUAACAGAGAAAAAGAGAGAAACAAAAAUAUUUUUUU